CUUGGUUUUACUCAACUAAUUGAGAGUUAAUAAAACAAACGAUUAAUAUAUAUAUUUGAUUUAAACCAAAUAUAUAUAAAAAAAAAUACGCUCGUGCAUGAAAACACUGAGGUCGAUGUGCUAAUGUAGCGCUAGCAAUGUUUAACAAAGAUAAAGCAAGCCAACAUAGCUAUAUGUACACAAUAUAAAUACUAUUUUAUGUAAUUCUUGUUUAAAGGAAAAAGGCGUUUCGUUUAUGAGAAACACGCAUGUUGCAACUUGCUACAACAAAAGCGUUUGUGAGAUACAAAGACGCUACGCUUGAAACUGAAGAGCGGCAGAUACAUUUGACAGAAGCUGUAGCACUGAAAUCCAAACACAAAGUGUUUUUCUUUUACUUUUAAUCAUGCAUUUUGCUCUUCGUUUCCUGUAUUUUAUUUACUUUACUGUAGAAUUAAACAUUGCAGCAGCAGCAUAUAUACCCAUCUAAGCUGUCUCGUCCUUAAUAAAUAAUAAAAACAUCAAACAGUUGGUGUAGGUGUAAACUGUAUAUGGAGCCUAAUGUGUCCUACUUGUAAGAAGAAAUCUACAAGGUCAUGAAAGAACGAUAGGCUUGUAAUGUCAUUAAGCACAACAUUUAUAUGUUAGUCACGAAAUACGUUAAGAUUUGCAUAUACUUCAUGUGCAGAAUAAAAUCUGAUCAUGGACAGAUUUUCCUUUUGCUUCUCAGUCAAGAAUGAAAAUGUAUCAAAUUGUUAAAUGAUACAUUUUCUUUGCUUUAACAGAGCACACGGUCUCUUUUCUUACUGUUUUAGUUCUUUAUUUUUCAAGCAUACAAAAACAAUAUUUCAAGACAAAAAGCAGGACAGAAUUACAUUGAGAUAACACAACAAAAAGGUUAUUUAAUAUCUAGGUUUUCUUGUUUUUAUGAACAUUUCAUAUUUUUCAGGGAAAGGGAGUAAAAAAAAUCACAGAAGCAAUUCAAAUGUAAACAUUGUCUUUGAGAAAAAAUAUCAAACUUCAGUUCCGUGCUGAUUUCAUAACUCAGUCAGACGGCAAACAUGGAGCAGUACACCACCACGACAACUAGUGGAGAGCAGAUAGUGGUGCAGACCAGCAGCGGACAGAUCCAACAACAGGGCACAGUGACUGCGGUGCAGUUGCAGACUGAGCCUCAGGUAGGCCAGACUGCGGCCCAGCAGGUCCUUCAGGUAGUCCAAGGGCAGCCUCUUAUGGUACAAGUCAGUGGGGGUCAGCUCAUCACGUCCUCUGGGCAGCCCAUAAUGGUACAGGCCAUGACAGGAGGACAAGGUCAAACCAUCAUGCAAGUACCAGUAUCUGGUACACAGGGGCUGCAGCAGAUCCAAUUGGUACAGCCCAGUCAAAUCCAGCUUCCUGGUGGACAGACAUUACAGCUACAGGGUCAGCAGGGACAGACCCAACAGAUCAUCAUUCAACAGCCACAGACCGCAGUCACUGCAGGACAGAACCAGGGUCAGCAGCAGAUCACUGUACAGGGUCAGCAAGUGGCUCAAACCGCUGAAGGACAGACCAUCGUUUACCAGCCUGUUAAUGCAGACGGGACCAUCCUACAGCAGGGAAUGAUCACCAUUCCAGCUGCAUCUUUAGCAGGAGCUCAGUUAGUCUCAGCUGGAUCCAACACAAACACCACCAACGCCGGUCAGGGCACAGUGACCGUCACUCUUCCCAUGGCAGGAAACAUGGUCAAUGCUGGAGGAAUGGUCAUGAUGGUCCCAGGGGGUGGCGGGUCAGUUCCCACCAUGCAGCGCAUUCCUCUUCCUGGAGCAGAGAUGCUGGAGGAGGAACCUCUCUACGUCAACGCUAAACAGUAUCACAGGAUCCUCAAGAGGAGACAAGCCCGUGCCAAACUAGAAGCUGAAGGCAAAAUACCAAAAGAGAGAAGAAAAUACCUACACGAGUCCCGUCAUCGUCACGCCAUGGCCAGGAAGCGUGGAGACGGUGGACGUUUCUUCUCUCCGAAGGAAAAGGAAGAAAUGGCCAUGCAGGCCCUUAAGGUGAGCGAGGGGCUUGAGCUCAGCUCUCAUUGGCCAGCCACCUCUGCCCCACCUCUGGGGUAAACUAUCCAAUCCCAGCCUGUGUCCGACCCGAGAGACUAUAUGCACCUAAUUUAAUUUAGACCAUCCAUACCCUGCGGCUCUGUGUCUGAGCUACCUCAUGCGUCUGUGGCACACUCAUGUCCAAGCUGUCUCUGUCCGUGAGUUAACUGACAUUUCCAACCAAUUAAACUGAACAUGCAUACUAAGAUCUUAGUAUAUAUGUUCUAGCAUAUAGUAUACAAUGUACAGAUUAGUCCCCAUGUUUGUAACUUCUAUGCUGCCUUGUAGCAUUUUUACCACUUGUAAUAAUUUCAUUAUUUAGAUGCAAGAUUAAAGAUAGUAUGUUUGAACUCUGCUGAUUGGAAGUGGCUUCUUUCAAAAAGCUUCAGUUGUAAACAUGGGUGAUUAGCACAUUUUAUCUUGUCAGUGUUAAAGGUUUCUUUUCUUAAAUGUCAGACUGUUACUUUAAAAGGAAAUCUUCAACCUUGACGUCUUUGUUCUGUCUGCAUUUCUGCCGUUUGUCCUACCAUGCUGUCCUACAAUUUCUACCCAGACUGCUUGUGAUACUCACUGGAUGCUGCGAUGUGUUAAGCGGUGUUUAUUUGUCGUUUUUACCAUCUUACUGGUAUGAAUAGCCAUUCAAAAUGAUCUGUUUUCAUUUGUGAUUGUAUGGCUUGGCUUGCACCCUUCAACGCUCUUCUGUCUUUGCCCAGAGCUGUGGCUUUGUUAUUGCUUUUGCCAUUUUAUGUUUCUUACAGUGGGCUGUAUGGGGGCUCUUGUUUGCAUUUAUGUUUGUUACUUGAUGAUAUAUAUAUAUAUAUAUCUAUAUCUAUAUAUAUAUGUAUAUAGAUAUAUAUAUAUAUAUAGAUAUAUAGAUAUGCCCUUUUUAUGCAAAUAAACCUUUGUUCAUGAUUUGUACUUGGUUAGUAAUGCCUUGCAGUUUUUUACAUGCUGAUGAACAGUUUUUCCAGAGUUAACCCUCAUGUUGUGUUUCGGUCAUUUAGACCCAGAGAGGAUUUUAUUUUCCCCAAAACAAGUUAUUGUUACUGCAUCAGACUAAAAGAUACUGACUUUGCUUACAUAGGGUAUAACAACUUACCAAAAUAAUUUUGCACUUUUGAAAUUUUGAAAGAAAACAAGUCGAGAGAAAGAGUGAAUCCAAAAUUUGUUGACAGAUUUACAAGCAAUUAAAGGCUGGACAUUUUUGACCAGGAACAAGAAGUUAGGUAAAGGAUUCUCAGAACAGCACAAGGGUUAAAUAUUUGAUUUUUUAUUGCACAAAGGUUGCAUACACACUAGGCUAAUUCAUGAAUUUAAAAAAAAAUUGUAGUAUUUCUUUAGCUUCAUUAAUUGAUGAAAAAAUCUCAUAGAUGGUUUGAAAUGCAUAGAGUUGAGUCAGUCGCUAAUAUUUUGUAUAUAUCAGACACAGUAAAAUUCUCAUGGUUCCACCAGGUAAGAGUUCAACACCAGUCCAUUCCCUCAUAGCAUGUAGUAUUGAUGAAAUUUUCAUCAUCUUUAUUUAUCUUCCUUUUUC